AUGGACGCCGCGCCGUUCUACAAGAAGCUGGGCUUUGCCAAGGUCGGCGGGUUCCGGAUCUCGAUACCUGCGAAGAAUGGCGGCGAGGAAACGUACGAGGAAGUUUGCACGCUUGAGCAUGAGCUUGUGUCUACUGAACCACACACACUACAGGCUCGCCAUCGGGUCUGGAACCGUCGACGACCGCAGCAGGCCUUCGCCAUGGUCUGA